AUGCCUCGUUCCAAGCGUGCCCGCGUCGUGCACGAGUCCAAGACCACCAAAAAGUCCCACAAGGAACAGACCCGUCGCCUGUACGCUAACAUCCGGGAAUGCAUUGAGAAGUACGACCACCUGUUCGUCUUCGGCGUGGACAACAUGCGCAACACCUAUCUGAAGGAUGUCCGUACCGAGUUCGCCGAUAGCCGUCUCUUCUUCGGCAAAACCAAGGUCAUGGCCGUCGCUCUGGGCCACAACCCCGAAAACGAAGCCGCGCCCAACCUCCACAAACUCAACCCCUACCUCACCGGCGCCGUCGGUCUCCUCUUCACCUCCCGCGACCCUCAAUCCGUGACCGACUACUUCGAGUCCUUCCGGCCGCUUGACUUCGCCCGCUCCGGGACAGUUAGUACCCGGGCGUUCUCGAUCCCCAACGGCCAGGACGAGCCGCUCAGCCAUACCAUUGAGCCGGAGUUGCGUAAACUCGGUGUCCCGACUCGGUUGGUUAAGGGCAAGGUCAUGCUGGAGUUGACGGAGGGUCAGGAGGGAUUCCCCGUUUGCAGGGAGGGAGAGGUGCUGGAUUCGAGGCAGACGACGUUGUUGAAGAUGUUUGGGGUUGUUAUGGCUGAGUUCCAUGUUGCGUUGAAGGCUCAUUGGACGAGGGAGUCUGGGGAGGUGGAGAUUCUGGAGAAGGAUGAGGCUGGUAUGGAGGUUGAGUAA